UCGGGGCGGGCUGGGUCGGGGCUCUGGGACCUGCUCUGCACUCAGCGCAAAGAUGGGGUGCUUCACCUUUAUCAAGGUCAUGAUGAUCCUCUUCAACCUGGCCAUAUUUCUCGGUGGCGGGACCCUCCUGGGAGUUGGCAUCUGGGUCACAGUAGAUGGAGAUUCAUUCCUGGAUAUAUUUGGGGCGCUCUCCUCUAGCGUCCUGCAGGUUACAAAUGUGAGCUACUUCCUCAUCGUCAUCGGUGCCAUCCUGCUGGUGAUUGGCUUCCUUGGGUGCUACGGCGCCCAGAAGGACAGCAAGUGUCUCCUGAUGAUGUUCUUCUCAGUGGUGCUGAUCAUCUUCAUUGCUGAAGUUGCUGCUGCCGUGGUGGCUCUGGUCUACACAGGUCUUGCAGAGACGCUGCUCACAGCCGUGGUGACCCCUCUCCUGAAGGAGAAGUAUGGGAAGGAUGACAGUCUCACGCAAAUCUGGAAUGUCACCAUGAAUGAGGUCCAUUGCUGUGGCCUGAAUAACUACACGGACUUCACUAACUCCCCCUGGUAUAAUAUACAUAACAGCUACCCACCGCCCUGCUGUAGGGACCUUCAGCCCUGCAAUGACACACUUGCUGCAGAAUUAGGUGUCUCGGGUUGUUUCUCUCAGAUCUUGGAAGAAAUCAGGACUAAUGCAGGUGUGGUGGGUGGUGUAGCAGCUGGCAUCGCUGCCUUGGAGGUUGCAUCCAUGGCAGUUUCCAUGUACCUGUACUGUAAGCUGGAUCAGAAAUGACCCCACGAGGCAGGAGGAUGAUCUUCCCCCCCACCAUGCCAGGGUGCACCUGUGGUGUGCUGUGCUCUUGUGGGGGACCCCAUCACUCCCUGGGCCUGAUGCUGUCCUGUGCACUGUGAUUUAUAGCUAUGUUUUGAUCUACUGAGCUGGGAUCUGUAGAGUUUAUGUGUAUAUUUUUGUACUGAUAUGGCACACUGAAUCUGUACAUAGAGAUUUGGGUUUUGUUUUUUUUUUUGAAGGGGGCCAGCAGUGGGACAAGCUGCUUGGUCUGUUUGGCUGAUGCCAGCAGGAGAGUGUCACAGGGGCCUAUCAGGGCUGCUGAUCCAGCAGCGGCACAGUGAUAUCUUGAUUAAACCCUUGCAGGCAUGUACUGUACCUCCCCCAUGUGUCCUUACACACAGAGACAGUGUGGGGGCUGGCGCUGGGGCUGGCCCAUGUCCCCCCUGAAUCCCUCCAUUGAACUGGGGCUGGUGCCCAGCUAAGGUGUUGUAGUGGUAACUACACCUUCACAUAAGGAUCUAUCUACCCCUACAUGUAUUUUCUGCCAGCCCUGACCCUGUCACCGUGUUGUCCCCUAAAAGAGGUGUGCUGGCUGGUCUCUGUCCCUGCCUUGGCAUGAAGACAGCCCUGUCGGUCCCUGGCCCUGCGGGGGCCUGGGCUGCCCUGUACCUCCUGUCAUUUCAUGGCUGAGCCUUUCUCCAUGCUGUAAAGAAAACCAAAUAAAUUUUUCAUCUUGGAUACAAAUUA